AGUCGCGCGACACCUUCGACGGCUGUAGCACGCUCGCAGGCUGGUACCCCUCGGCCACGGGCACGGACAGCGGCAUCGUCACGGCGGCAAACACCCAGUGUACGUUCAACAGCCGCCGGCCUGGCCGUCGCCCAGCUCAGUUUGGCUCCGUGGCGUCCGACCAGAAUGUCAUUGAUGAGCAGGCCGCCAGUGAUGGAGAGGAUAGUGACUAUUCCGGCAUUGUGGUCGACCCUGAUCCUGGGCCGGACAUCGAUCCGCAUGAGGUGCUCUUGCACCUCGUCGCGAAGGGCGAUGGCUCCGAGGCGGACCUGUCGUCGACGGUGGUUGGGCACGUUGGCCCGUUCAGUCUUGAUGCUCUGCCGAACAGCAUGCUAGCAGAUGGGAAGGAGGUGUCGCAGGACGAGGUGAGGAAGAACAUCAAUAUGCACCAUGCUCGGGCCACGAAAGAACGCGGCGAAGGCUGGGCAGAAAGCAAGUGGAACGAACGGUUUAGGGUGACGGUCCCGGUCUCGCAGCUUCGCAAGUACUGCGAGAGGGACGACGCGCAGUCGCGCCGAAUUGCGACGGGCUUUCUGAAGAAGCGCACGACUGUGAAGGUUGACGAUGAGUACAUGAUUCCCGCCUCGCACCCGGCUCUCAUCUGGAGGAUGGACCGCCACUAUAUCGACUUCAUGCUCUGUGUUCCGUGGCGGAUGGGGAUGUCUGUCUGUCUACCACCCGUGCUUAAUCACCACAACUACUCCGCCACACUCCUGCUCAAUCAGGGCUACAGGAAGCUGCACGACAAACACGGGAAGUUCGGGUGCGACCUGUCGGGACGGAGCGCGUUGCUUGGACACUACCUCGAAGAUGAGCUCUGGGCGGUGUUUGUUCCAGUGUCGUUCUUCGACAACGAAGACGCGGAGGAAGACAGCGAGAGCCCUCUUCCUCUGAGCUCGUACGGCAUCAAGAAAGGCGACACACGUCUUACCGCGGAGCACUUCAAGAUUUGGCAGCUCUUCGUCUGCCGCCUGUUGGAGGACGUUGGGUGGGGCGGGUUGGUCGUCAAUCCGCGCUACCUCUGGGGACGGGGAGACAACCUGCGUGAUUGGGAGCUCCAGGAGAUUUGCAAUGUCUUCGAACACCCGUCCAUCAAAGUCAACCUCAAGAACGUGAUCGACAUGCACAACAAGUUUGAGGAUAAGUGGACGAAGUUUGUGGAAGAGAUGCCGGACGCCUGGAAGGCUGACAAGUUCUUCACCCACCACAAGCCUGUCGUCUGCUCGUCCCGCUACGGACAGAACACGCCCGUUGCGGUGCCCACCGCACUCUUGCGCGAGGCUACGCAUUGGGAAGAAUCGCGCACGUGGGCCGACAUGAAGUACGUCAGUAUGGCCAUUGCUUCCGAGUUAGACGUCCACCAGAUUGACAGCUUUGAUCUGAUCAGUACGGAAGAGAUGUUCGAGAAGCACGGGCCAGUGUACGAACAUUACAUCCAGGGUCCCGGCAAUAAGCCCCUCGAUCUCGACACGUUCCCUAUCGAAGACGAUAACGGCGUAGAGAUUCGAUUGUACACAAAGGCCGGACACCUCGUCUCCCGCAAGCAGCCGGACGCCGCGUCCGUCAUCGGCUCAGGGUGCGGCCUGCUUUUUGAUCUCCGGCGGAUUCACGAGAUGUUCAAUACGUUCAACGACGACGGGGAGGGAGUGGAGCGUCUGUGGCAGGAGGAACAGCGGCAGCGGCGUGACAAGCGUCGUGCUCAGGCUGCUGCAGCUGAAGUGGAGCCUGUGGAGGAGCCAUUAGUAGAGGAUGAUGCUCCGGCACCUGUCCUCAACUGGGGCGACGACGACCUGACCAACGUGCGGUUGUCCGAUAGUCCGCCGGCAUCCCCUAUCUGGGACCCCUACGCAGACCAUGUCUCGUCCGCUGGCGAGUCGGUACCGCCGUCGGAGCUUGACGACACCAAGGACGACAUCGAAGAUGAUGACCUUGAAGCCAUCGACGAGGACAGGCUUGGACAGGGCAGUGGCGAAGGUGUCGCGCCCAACGAUGGCGAUGACGACGAGGAGGACCAGGACCAGUGGCAGGACGAGGACGAGGACGAGGACGAGGAUGCGGACGCGUUUGCAGAGCGAAUGAACGGGAUGAUGGGGGAACGCAGGGACCAAUCUAAACGUCUGCGUCUUGACCUAUAUCCACAGGCGUUCCUCGGGCACAUCGGCAACUUCCAGGCGAACAAGUUGUUCCCGCACUACACGCCGUUCAUGGUCGACAUCGACAAGGCGAUCCGAGCGUCCGUUCCUGACCGCCCUGACUUCCACGAGGAACUUUUGGAUGGCGCCGAGUACGUUGAGCCAAACGUGCAGGAACGCAUCAAUUGGGAGAAUGAGCACGGGUUAAGCGGGCCCAUCAUCGAGAUGCGCGAGAUGCAGGGCUACAACGCAUUCUCGCACCAUAGCCGUCCGACCGCAGGACAGCAGAACAUGACCAGCGGCUCACUGACCCAGGCUGCGACAGGGGCGUGGGCGCCGGGGGUCCGCCCGGACAAGCUGCACCAGAACAUUCUCAAGCGGAACGAGCUCGGUCUCCCGCAUGUGCGGUUCCUCGACGUGGUCACUGGCCCUUUCGACUCGUCUGUCUCCCUGCGAAUUGAGUGUAAUCUGACUGUGUACGUCCGUCGUAUGCCCGCCGUCUCGCGGACUGGAGCGCAACUGUACAAAAAUGUUGCCCUAAAGUUCAUCGAAGCAACAACCAAUCCUAUCAUCAUCUCCCGCCUGAAGAAGCACAUUGUCGUGUUUGCUGAGGGGGUGUUCCCCAAGAUAUACCACUGGACGUCGUACCCCGUGCAUGCGCUGACCUCGCAGAUGUACCGCGCCAUGGAGCCUGACAUUAAGGCGAAGAAGAAGGUCGACCCGGUCAGGGUCGAGCUGCUCUCGUUUAUGGAGCGUUCACUUGCGUAUGCGCACACGGGUAACGUGCGAGUCAUCUCAGGCUGCAUGAAGUACUUUUGGCUGCUGAGAUCCAUGCUUGAGUACGGAUUCCCGUCCAUUCAUCCGGACGUGUGCAUCGACACAGAGGAUGAGUUUCCUCUCAGCAUCCCGAUCUCGUUGUGGCCUUGCACCGAACCGAACAUGACCCCUCAAACUGUGUCUUCACGUGCCAUGGAGUUGACGUGGGGCCCAGGACCUGUUGCAGCUUACCUGGCGACGUUCACGUUGGCCGUGAUGGAGGUACAGGGUGUCGCACCAAAGUACAUACAGCAUGCCAACGACCCGAUCUUCGCGAAGGCGCUGAUGAUCACCGACAUGGCCGUCCAGCUGUUAAUCACGGACUUGAAGCAGUUCGUGUCUCGUGAGGUCCGUGCGCAGGCGAAGCGUGUGUCGAGUGCCGCGCUUGCACAGAUGUCCGCACAGGAACGCCACCACCACGACCAGCGCGAGCUGUGUCUCGUGCAGUGGCUGGACUGCCCAAACCCGUUUUCGCACAACCGGAAGCGUGUGGACCCCGGUAAACCAGUGCUGAGCACCGCCAUCACGGUCCCGUUUUCCCUCCUGGUGCGCGUACUCGCUCCGAAGUCCACAGACAUCAUCAAUGGCCUGCCAAAGCAGGAAGGGGGAUUUGCUACCACGCACAUGGCCCAGCGCACCCUCGCCGAGCUCAUCUUUGAAUGCACACGGGAAGUCGAUCCCAGACCGCUCCACGCUCCGCUCGUCCGGCAAGGAUCCGCACUUCUCGUCCUGCCGCUUGCCAUGGCGCGCGUGACGACGAUGGCACCGUCGACCGCGAUCACUCUACAAGAACGGGAGAGUUGGGCCAUGGACGUGCUCGCUGUUUCCUUGAAACAAAACGAGAUUAUGUUCGUUCCGUGGGCGAAGUCGCACGUCGUCGACAAGAACGGGAAGUUUCGCGGGACGGGACCCCGGAAGACUGUCAUCGACUCGUGGAUAAUGGUUGAUCACCCCGCGAAGGCACCGCCGCUGCUCACUGAUGCGCCCGGGUCAACUACGGUGGCGCACGGAUCUCGCUCUAUGGCUCAGCAGUUCGAGGACCAGGCAAACGCAAAUGCCCUGCGAGCGCAGGAGCAGAAUCCGAGCGCGACGUGGCCCGCGACCGAUAGACCGUUGCACGAGAUGGGCUGGUUCGUGGAGCGUUCAGUUCAUCCGGAGGAGUUCACGCUUCACACCGCAAACGUCCAUCCCCCUCCCCCUCCCAAGAACCCUGAUGAGGAGGCGAAGCCGGAGAAGGCGGUGAUGUACAACACGUAUGUGUGGGUGCUCGCCAACUUUGACUUUUCGAAUGACGUGCACCACCUCGCGCUCAUAGUCGCAGUGGUGUACUCGCGUCUGUGCCCAACGUUCUCAUACCCGAAGAAAGGCGACAACUUCGAGUUCAGCGACAAGGCGAACGACUACCGGGCGUUGACGGAGGAGAUCCGUGCGUCGAAGUGGCUCGACAUGCCCCAGACCCAUGGCACCCACGCCACGAAGCCGAAGCUGUACAUCCUGGGCGUGACGGCGUACAUCAUCGGGCUCUGGGACCAGAGGAGUCCCAUCCACAUCUAUCUCAGCACCGUCAAGUCGAAGUCGCUCACUUCAAUAAUCCUCAGCAGGCACAACAUGAGGGGCAUCCUCCUACACAACCUCCCCCGGCUGGGCCUCGCGUGGGUCUACUCUACCAAGGGCACGAAGGGGCUCAUGGACGUCGACUGGGGAUUCAAGUCGAACGACUUGCUGCGCAAACUCCGUUUGGAGCUCGUCGAGCGCUUCCUCGACCCGCCGUACGGAGCCUAUGACGCGGUCGUGCUGCUGUGCGGGGUGGAUUGCGCGAACCGCCUCGCCGUGGCCGGUGAGCUCGUGCCGCGUGUCGACAUCCUCUACCAGCCCCGGGCUCCAGCUGUCGCAGGGCCCUCAACAUUAUUGCCGUCUUCAUCUCAGAUGAUGCAAGCGUACCGCUCGCCGACCCCGCCUGACGACCAAUCGCGUUCGCCGUCGCCCGUGAUCACCACUGUCGAUCGGGUUGCGCGCGAUGAGGCUGUCAGCGGGUCGUCCGCGGCGAGCACCUCUCAAUUGGCUACGAAAAGAAAGGCCUCUGUGCCGUCGAGGAAGUCCAGUGGCGCUGCCUCUCGUGUGAGGGCCCCAGCACCCGACCCAGUGUUCCGUCAGUUCAUGCCGAUUCCGAAGCGCUCACGACAGCAAUUUGAAGGCCAGGGCAUGUUGGGAAGGCAGUCUGCUGCGCCUGCGCCUGCUCUUGCUCCUGCUGCUCUUGCUCCUGCUGCCGAUGUGAAGGAGCGUCCUCUGAAGCGGCAACGCAGGUGA